AUGGCAGCUGCGGGAGUAGGGAGUUCCGCUCAAGCUGGUCCCGCUGCUGCGGCGGCGGCGGCGGCGGCGGCGGCGGCGGCGGCGGCAGCGCCGAGAGCAGCAGGGCGGAGCGGCGUUUCCGCUCGACCCAAUCUGCCCUCCGCUCCCUCCGCCCCGUCCGCCCUGUCCGCCCCUUCCGCUUCCGCCCGUCCUUCCCCUCAGCCUGCUCCCGCCGCUCCUUCCGCUUCCAGCCCUCCCUCUCGUCGCUCCGCCAUUUCUCCUCCUCCCGCUUCCUCCCCUCCUUCCGCUUCUUCCGCCCGUUCCGCCCUGUCCGCGCCCUCCGGGCCCUCCGCCACUCUCGGGCCCGCAUCCAGUGCACGUGCACCGCACCCUCCGCCCCGCGCGUCUUCCGCGGGCCCCGCUACAUCCUUCCCUCGCGCCCCCGCUGGUGUUCCCGCUCCCGCUGGCGCAGUUCCUCCCGCGGGCGCAGCUUCCUCCGCGGGCGCGCAGGGCGCGCGGAACUACCCGCCCAUGUACUGGCGGGUCGCGCCGCCAUCAGCCGCCGCGUCUAUGCCGAUGAGCUACUUAACGGCCAUGCCUGGAAUGGCCGGCAGUUCUGCCGGCCAGAACAUGCCGGCGCAGUAUGGAGCCCUGUACGCGGUAGAAGCUUCCCCGUUUCUUCCGUUCGGGCCGCAUGAGGGGGCUUUUGCCUUUGCGCCGAUCAUGAGCGCGGGGGGGCUGGCGCAGGAGCAGGGGGGAGCGGAGAUGGCUGGGAUGGGCUUCUUACCGCAGGGGAUGGGGGUAAUAGGGGGGAUGGUGGGGAUGGGGGGAAUGGCGGCGAUGGCGGGGAUGGGGGGGAUGGGGGGAAUGGAGAUGGGGGGCAUGGGGGCAAUGCAUGCCAUGCAAGGCAUGCAGGGGACGCAGGGGCUGCAGGCAAUGCAGGGGAAGGAGAAGCAGCACGGGAAGCUGAAGCGGGGCGAGGGCAAGGACAAGGCGGCUCACCGCUACCGGGGAGUGAGGCAGCGGCCCUGGGGCAAGUGGGCGGCUGAGAUCCGGGAUCCAGCGAGGGGAGUGCGGUUGUGGCUGGGCACGUAUGACACAGCAGAGGACGCUGCAAGGGCAUAUGACGCUGCUGCUAGAACCAUACGCGGCGCCGAUGCCCAGACAAACUUCCCCGACCCAAACCCCCCUGCUGCUGCUGCUGCUGCUGAUGGUGGUGCUGGUGGUGCUGCUGGUGAUGCUGCCUCUGGUGGUGGUGGUGGUGCUGCUGCUGCUGCUGCUGGUGAUGGUGGUGGUACGGGGUCCUUAGCUGCUCGUGAUGGUGGUGUUACUGCUUCCGCUGCUGCUGGUAGUGGUCUUGGCACCAGCAGUGUGGCUACUGCUGCUGGUGAUGCUGCUGCUGCUACAGCUGCUGCUGCUACAGCUGCUGCUACAGCUGCCUGCGUCAACGGCAUGUCUCCGUUUCUGCGCACCAAGAGGAACAGCAAGGCGCACAAGUACAUGCAGGAGUAUUGCAGUGACACCGAGAGCUCUGGCCCUGACGCUGCUGCUCUAGGUGCUGCUUCAGGUGGCGCUUCAGGUGCUGCUGAUCCAGGUUCUGCCACUGUUGUUGGUGUUCCCGCAGUGUAUGGCGAUGCUUCAGGUGGUUCAGGUGCUCUUGCUGCUUAUGGUUCAUGUGCACGAGAGCAAGGUGCAUCAGGCAUGACGAUGAAGCUAGAGCAAUGCCAAGAUGAUGAUCCGCAUGCUCCAUGUCAAGAUGUUGAUGCUGGCAUGUGGACUCUAGACAUGCCCCUAUACUUAGAAGUAGGAGAUGAUGGCAUGGAUAGUAUCUUAUGGACUGCUGCUGACGUGUCGACCUCAGUUCCCCCGGUUUCUGGAGGUAACCCUAGAAGCUCGGAGGUGCGGUUUUGGCAAUGCCUUCUUCCGAUCACACUGCCGUUCCUGAUCCUUGGACCUCUCGCGCUUCCGCUUCAGGACCUUUGCCUGGCGCGAUGCUUCCGUCCGCUGCACCCAGACCGACUCUACAUCGAGGCCUCGCUUCUUAUAGGCGAGGCCAUGCCUUUCGAUCGCACGAACUGGCACCCUCGCGCCCUCGGCUCCUCCGCAUCCGUUCCCGAACUCUCCACGUGGCAUCCCGGGGAUCACGGGGUCGGCGCUAACGCCGCCUCGAACAGCCGAUUCGCCUCGUACGCACUCGAUCCGGCGAAUCAAGGCUCGGCUCCCGCCCGAACCAGGCCAGGUUCGGGCCGAACCUGGAGCCUCAUGGAGGAGGUGGAAGGGUCGGAGGACGACCCGGAUCACGUGUCCGGCGGUGGUUCGUGGGACAGCGGGCGGAGAGCGCAACUAGAGUAUGCCAGUGGGUUGCCUAUGGAAGGUAGAAUUACAAGCGGUGCAACGAUGGGGUAUUCUGGAGGGGUGGAGUACGGUGCGAGGAGCAGCAGUUGCGGUCAGCUGCCAGGGGUAGAGGAAUCCACGCCUUUGGAUAGUUACAAAGGCAAAAUUAACAACUUCAACAACGGCAGCAGCAAUGCUCAAUUCAGCCAUACAGGAUUCGUGUUCACGGCCAGUCGGCCAGAAGAGCACGCAGAGUUCGGGCCUCGUGCGGGGCUUGCGAGCAAGGCGCACGGGCGACAGGCUAACGGGUGGGGUCCCAGCUCGUUAGGCAGCGUAGCAGCAGCAGCAGGAGGAGCAGGAGGAGUAGCAGCAGCAGCAGGAGCAGGACGAGGAGGGAUGCAAGCGGAUCGAGUGGGGGUGAGAGAGGGAGGCGGGUUGGGGAGGGGAGCAGGCGAGGCAAGGUCGCUGCCACUGCGGUGGGCCGGGGACAGGUUCUUAGAAACCGUCAGGGAGCAUGAGAGCUUUGUGCACAGGCCCACGGUCGGCGCGGCUGCUGCAGAAACGGGUGAUAUGAAGCCUGUUGACGUCAAGGCUGGUAACGCCGAGGCAGAGAGGCCCUGGUUUCCUGGUGCAUCUGGAGAGGCGAUUCCCGUGGGUAGCGGAGGGGCGGGUUUUGAGAAUUCUCAGAGGCCUUGGUUUCCUGGUGCAUCUGGAGAGGCGAUUCCCGUGGGUAACGGAGGGCCGUUUUUCGGAGCUUCUGCUGCGAGUGUUGGGCCGUUUUUGGCGCAAAGCGGAGAGCUGUUUUCGGGUCUUCCAGUGCAGGAGCAGCAGCGGUGGGCGCUUCCGGAGAUGGGGUGGGGGGACGCGGGGGGCGCUGGGGCGGAGGAAGCGGGAAGGGGAGGUGGCGGAAGAGAGGAGAGGGGGGCGGCGGUAAGGGACGACGGGGCGGACGUGGAGUUCGCUGAUUGGCUGAUGGUUCCUGGGGAAGGGGAAGGGGAGAUUCCUGGGGAUUUGUUAGGAGAUGGAGGAGGUCAAUGUGUGCCUGCUCGUCAUGCUGGUGCAGUUUCUGCUGGUGAUGCUUCAGCUCGUGAGGAUGUUUCUGGUGGUGAGCUUUCUGGUGGUGCUGUUUCUGGCGUUGCGGAGUGCACAGCAGAGGGAGCGCAAGGCCGGAGUGCGCAGAACGGGGAAGCUUGUAUGGGGGAAGAAGGGUCGACUCAAGAGCGGGAGGGAGCCUUAGGGCGCGAGGGGGGUGGGGAGUGGACACUGGAGCGAGAAGGAGAGGAAGGAGACGUGCUGUCGGAGUGUCCUAGCCUGCCUGACGACCUCGCCUGGUGCUCCUGGCCCGGCUGUGAAGACAUGGCUACUACCCAUGGCCCUUCUCACGGCCCACCUCGUGCGUCCGCGCAUGUACUCUUGCAUGGCUUUUCGCGAGCAGCAGAUGGAGCGGAGGCAGCAGGAGCAGGUACUGGAGAGUUAGGUGGUGGUGCUGUUGCUGCUGCUGGUUUGGUAUCUGGUGUCGACGGGGUACCAGCCCCUCUGUGCCGCGGGCACCAGGCGCUCACGUCAGACAAGCGAGUGCGGGGCGGGUGCCUCAUGAGCGUGCUACAGUCGGGCGCAGCUGCGGAGAAGCUGGCGCAUGCAGGCCACGUGGAUGCGGAUGUAGAGGGGAAUUUUGCUAAUGAUAAUGGAGAAGGUGAUGAUGACGAUGGUGACGAUGAUGGUGCUGACGUGGCAGCCUUAGAGCUCAAUACGGACACAGAUGCGGAUUUCAGCGCCUUUGCUGCCCCUUUUGCGUCCGGCCCCUUUGCUGCUAGUCCGUUUAUUAGCGGGUUCAGCGGAUACGGCCAUCCCUCUGGGGGGCACAUGCUAUUAGAAGAGCCCUCGUUUGAUCUCGACUUAGCAGCCUUCUGGGGGUUUGGGUCAGCGCCUGAAGACGCGGCUGGGGUGACUGCAGCGGGUGUGACUGUACCGAGUGUUUCAGGAGCGGAGGGAGCAGUAGCGGAAGCAGCAGGGGCCGGAGGGAAGAGCGUGGGGGCGGAACCUUUAGGUGGAGUGAGGGAGGCGGAAGCAGAGGGAGCCGCUGCAGGGAGAGCAGCAAGGGAUGGAGAUGGGCCAGCGGAAGGGCAAGGGCAAGGGGAAGGGGAAGGGGAGGGGGAGAACGAGGAGGUUAUGGAAGGAGCGGACACAGGGGAAACAGCGGGUCUGGGCGGGGAAGCAGGGGAGGCAAUGGACUGUGAUAUGAUGUUCAUGUCAUGGGCUAUGCCCCUCGUGCCUCCUGCUCAGCAGCCCAAGGUCUCAACCCAGCAGAACAAGCCUUUGGCUAGUCAGGUCAAGAUGAAAUCCGCCCAGGAGAAAGCGCAGGUUGAGAAGCAGGUUAAGGCAGAGCAGGCUCAGGGUCAGAUAUCCCAACGCGAAAGAGAGCAGCAAUGUCAUCAGCUGUCUCUGAGCCUCGCCCCUCCACCAGCAGCCCCAUGCCCUCUCCUUCAAACUGCUCCCACACCCCCCUCAUGUUUCAUCUCUCCCCUCAUUUCCUCCCUGUCCCAUCCCCUCUCUCCUUCAGAUAUCCCAACGCGAAAGAGAGCAGCAAUGUCAUCAGCUGUCUCCGAGCCUCGCCCCUCUACCAGCAGUCCCAUGCCCUCCCCUUCCAACUGCUCCCACACCCCGCUCCUCCCCUCCCACUCCGUGGGCACCCUCCCCCCCGCGCGCACCUCCCCACCUCUGCACCGCUCUACAUCCGCCUCCACCCUUUACCCUCGAGCGUCGGCAGCCCUGACUGUCAGCGGCCCCUUGAAAAGAACCGCCACCCACGCUGGCCCGUCUUCUGCCCGCGCUAUACCCUCUAAGAGGCUCUCCGGGUCUCGUUAUAAGGGACCGGUAGGAGCAUCAGCUGCGUUUGCUGCGCCUGGGAAUCCGUUUGGCGUGUCCCCGUCCCCUCCUGGGAAUUCCAGUGUGUUCUCCCAUCUGUCCACGUCAGCACCGCCUGCCUCAGCGUUCCCGCCUCACAUGUAUGCAAUGUCGUCUGUGGCGCAUCCGUCCUUAGCGCAUCUCUCCUCAGCGAAUCAUGCCCUAGCACAAGGAAUCAUGAUGCAAGAGCAGAGAGGGGUGACAGGGGGCAUGGGCAUGAGCAUGGGCAUGGGCAUGGGCAUGGGGAGUGUUAAUGCCACACACCAUGGCGCCUAUGGCGCUGCUGCUGGCAGUUAUGCCACAGCAGGAGGUUAUGCUGCUGCUGCUGCUGCUGCUGCUGCUGCUACUGCUUCUGCUGCUGCCGCUGCUGUUGCUUCUGGAGGGUACAGUGCACAUAUGGCAUUGCACAGACAUCCCCAUGCCCCUUCCAGCUUCCACGGCUUGUCGUAUCUCGCCCACUCGCCCCCUUCCACUGCCCACUCCUUCCUCUCCCACUCGCCUCCCACACCACACUCCUUCCACCACCACCACUACCACCCAAGCCACUCCCUGCCUUCCAUUCAUAACGAGCAAAUGCAAGGAUUGCUACAGGAAAAGGGCCGCCGAAUUCGCCCUCGCGCCGACCCAGCUGCCACUAUCGGGUUUGCUUAUAAAGGGGCUGUUUCCGCGCCGGAGCCUGCUGCUUCCGAGGCAGGUGCGGGAGGUUCGGCUGCGGCUGCGGCUGCGGCUGCAGGUUCGGCGGGCGACGGGCUGGGUUCCACAGGACUUGGUUCUAAGGGACUUGGCACUCGCAUUAACUCCUCUGCUAGCCUCUGUACUGGUGGUGCCUCUUUGCCUAAGGACAAGGGGAAAGGCAGACCUGGUGAAGCUGGGACUGGUGCUGCUGCUGUCAGUAGUGCUGUGAGUAUGCAGGUGGAGGGAGAGGUGGAGAAGGGGAAGGGGGACGAAGGGGCAGAGCAAGGGGUAGCUACAGCAGCUAGUGGUGCUGCUGCUGCUGUCAGUAGUGCUGUGAGGUUCCUACCAGGGUCUCUGGGAACAGCAGGUGCACUGUCAGGUGGAUUUUCAGGUGGCCAGCCAGGUGUUUUCUCAGGUGGUUUCUUCCAUGGGAGGGUCCCUGGGUCUGUUGCAGCACCUGAGCGCAUGCACCUGAUGAUGGCCGGUGGGGCUGGAGCUGUUCGCCAGAUUUCUCCUGGGAUGGGCCAGGUGGUCGGCCAGGUGCCUGCAACAAUGGUCCAGGUGCCAGGCGGAAUGAUAUCUGGGGUUUCACCUGGAGGCACAGCUUCCCUGCACCAAACACACCACCCGAUGCACCACCCGUACCACCAACACAUAUAUCACCACCCUCAGCAGCACAUGGUGGGAUUUGCACCUGCAGGUGCAGCAGGGGUGCCAGGCGCGAGAAUGGGCAUGUAUGGCAUGGGAGGGGGCAGCAUGAGUGUGAGCAUGAGCAGUGGGGGCAGCAGCAUUGGGAGUGGGGCAGGAAUGGGUGGGCUGGCAGGUACAGGGGGGCAGGCAGGGGGUGCAGGGACAGCGGGGGUGGGAGGAGGGGCAGGAGGAGGGGGGGGAGUGGGAGGAGGAGUGGGGGCAGGGGGCGUGAGUGCAGAGCUCAUAGUGAAGAGGAAGAGGGGGCGGCAGAAGAAGGUGCCUUCUAAAAUCGGCCCUUGUGGUGCCACCACCAAUCUGCGCCCCCUCGCCCCGAGAAACGCUGCUGCUGCUGCCACUGCAUCUGCUGGUGCUGGUGGUGCUGGUGGUGCUGGCAGUGGUAGUGGUUCUGCUGGUGCUGCUGCUGGGGGAAUUGGGGGAGGAGGAGUGGGGGGGGCAGGGGGGGCAGGAGGAGCAGGAGGGGCAGGAGGGGCAGGGGUGGGGAUUGGGUAUGGAGCUGCUACAGCCGCUGCUACAGCCGCAGGAAUGGCUGUAGCAGGACCAGCGUUACCCCCUGGUUCCUCAGCUCAAUUCGGCCUCCAGAGAAUGAUAAUGGUACCUGCUACUGCAGCACAGCCCGCAUUGGUCCGCCUCCCUUCCCAUCCACAGCCCUCGUUUCUGUCACACUUGCCAGGAGGACACCGCUACCCCAUGCCUGCGCACCCGCCCAUCCACUUCAAUGGGGGCAUCAUGGGCUGCUGCCGCCCUGCCGCCCCAUACGGCCCAAAAGUAGCGGUGAUUGCAGCGGGUGGGGGGAUCAUGGGCAUGGGUAGUGCUGCAGCACACCGCUAUCCCUUACCUGCGCACCCGCCCAUCCACUUCAAUGGGGGCAUCAUGGGCGUGGGUAGUGCUGCCGCCCUGCCGCCCCAUACAGCUCAAAAGUAG